CGGAAGUGAGGCGCAGAAGGCGCUGGAAGGCAGGCACCUUUCUUAUGUGCAUGGUUUAAAAAGUUAUAUGAGCUCCCGUGAGUUGAUCUCUUAUUUUAAAUAAUGUGGCGGAAUAUCAGGUAGUUUAAAAUGUUGGUUGGCUACAGCAGCAGCAGCUCGGAGGAGGACGGUGAGGCUGGCGGUGAAGCUGAAGGAGCGAAAAAUCAGAGUGAAACUACCUGCCGAAAGUGCCAAGAGGAAGAUGAUGGUUUGCCAACGAGGAAGAAACCCAAAACUGAGCAAGAGGGCCCCAAAUCAAGACUGCCUCUCCCUGGCUGUGUGUUGGCCAUGUUUCCAGAUGAGGUGGACUCACAGACUGAAGACAGCUCUCUUCAUGGUGGACGCAUCCGCUCCUUCAAGCAUGAAAGAGGAAACUGGGCUAGCUACGUUUAUUUCCCAUAUCAUCCUGAAGAGGAGUUUGGGGAGCUGUUGGAUGCGAUUCUCUCCGCAGCAUGUGCCCGGGGUGUGGUUUUGACUGCGCAGGAUGAGUUCCACCUCAGCCUGUCCCAGACAGUGGUGCUCAGACACCACUGGAUCCAGCCGUUCACACAGAGCCUCAAGUCAAGUCUUACAGGUUGCAAAAGGUUCGUGUGCUCGGCAGGGAGACUGCGUGUGUACUCUAAUGCAGAGAAAACGAGGACAUUCCUGGGGAUGAAAGUGUCAACUGGGCAUGCUCAGUUGUUGGAUCUGAUCCGAGCUGUUGACAGGACGAUGACAGAGUUUCGCCUGGAGACUUUCUACAAGGAUCCAUCCUUCCACGUGAGUCUGGCCUGGUGUGUGGGAGAUCAGACAGUGCAGAUGGAGGAGUGCAUGCAGGAGCUGCAGAGUCUAGUAGACGACCACGAAGAUGGACCAUUUGUGUUGAGGCUGGACUGCUCGGAGCUUCGCUGCAGGACGGGAAACAAGACUUUCCGCUUUCCUCUGGAAUCCUAAAACAUGAAGUGACUGAGUAAAGCUGGUAUUGUCUUUGCACAGCUAUGAGGAAGACUCGUUACCUCAGCUCUGACUCCAGUGUUCACUGAAUUGCUAACAUUUUAAAGUCCUUUAAAAAACUCCGGGAAUGCCCCAACGAACACAAUCACAGCUAACUGCAAAAGUAUUGAAAUGUUUUAUGUAUUUAAAUAAAGACGUUACUACUUUUGUAUUUUUC